UGAUGCCGUUCUCUUUUGAACCUCAAACCGAUCCAUACCGAAAUCCACUGGUAUAAUGAUUUGAUGAUGUAGCAAUAUAAAGUAGAUUUUGAAAAAAAGGAUCCAUAACAAGAAAAUAUUUUCGCAGAUUAUUUCCGUAGCUGUAAUUUAUUGAAAAAUUUAAUAGUCUUAGUUCCACUAAUGAUAGGAUUUUAUUCUUUGUAAACGGCGCGAAAAUUUUCAAUUAUAUAAUACAGAAAUCUAUAGAUUGGAUGAAAAAUACAUCUCAUUUAAAUAGUCGUGAUAUUUAAUAGCGGGUAUACCCGAACGCUUAUAUUAAUCUGCGACUGCGAAAAUCUGAUAAAAAAUAUUAACCUUAGUAAGCAUGCUCGAAUCUUGAUAAUUUUUGUCCGUCGUCCUCAUCUGUAUGAGUCAUCUUUCUGUUGGUUGGUCCGAAUCGAAUUUUUAUGGUCAAUUUUCUACAGCAUCCUUAUCAUCAUACGGACUUAUUAGUUUGCAAUGCUUUUUAUGUAAAUUAUUAAAAGUUCGAAUGAUCGAACUCAAAUAAAAAAUUUGCCUGUUUUUCCGAAUAUAAAAAAAAUAUAUAAAUCCAAUCAAACGACAAUUACGACAAAUGUACAAAUUAUUAUCUGUCAUUAACAAUUUUUGCACAUAAAUACAAAUGCCAAAACAUAAUGCAAAAACAGAAUGUUCAACAUCAACAAUGUCUGAUAUUCGUAGCAAUAAGAAUUGCAUUAUCAAUCAUAAUAAUCGAAUAAAAAAUUCAAAUAGCCUUAAACGAGACUAUUCUGGUGACGGUACGAUGAUCAUCAAUACGAAUGGACGUAGUAAGAUACCCAUUUAUAAUGGUAAUCAUACAGAUAUGGCCACUAAUGGUCGAAAUUCUAUGAAUGUAUUGGCCAUAAAUAAUCUAAUCGGAUGGAAUAUCGGUUACCAUCAUCAUCAGCAACAACCACAGCAGAUGAUUACUAAUUUAAAUAAUCUACGAAUAAUGGAUUUACCCGAACAUGUACGAAUCCAUCAGAAUAUACAUAAUCGUCUUAAUCAUCCACAACGUCAUCAUUGUCAACAACAACAACAACAAGCACUACGAUAUUGUCAACAUAAACUCAGACCAAAAGAAUUGAGUCGAUCAUUACCAUCGACACCUGGAUCAUCUACACCGAAAGUAACACUUGACGACGAAAGUUCUAACUCAAUCAUGUCAUCAUCAACCACGACCGCCGCAACGACAGCUACCAUGAUGACAAAUGCAACCAAAAAUAGUUCCCGAAAAAAACGUAUGGCCAACUAUGAGGAAUAUCUACCACUUUGUGAGAUGCAAAAAGGUCUACAAAAAGGAGAAAUUGUUGAGGGAAUAUUACGGAUCAAUCAACGAAAUUAUAACGAUGCUUAUAUCAGUGCUCCGGACGGAGGCUUAGACAUUUACAUUAAAGGUUUGAUUGACCGAAAUAAAGCAUUAAAUGGUGAUCUUGUUGCUGUGAAAUUUCUGGAUGAAACAGAAUGGAAGAUUUCCUACACGGCAAUAAAUGCGAAUUGGGAAGAAUGGAAAGACGAUUUCAUGCGAUUGAUCAUGGCAAAUAAUGAAGAAAUAGAUCUUUCAAAAUUAAAACUCAAUUCAAAAGAUAUGGGAUUAAUUAGUAUGGGUUCAAAAUCCACAUCAUCACCAAUGACAAACGAGACAUCCAAACAGCUGUUACUGGAUGAAUUUGAAAAUCUUCCAUUGGAAAUUUUCACCUUACAAAAUUCCAUUGUAAAAGAAGAGAUAUCUUAUUGGCCACGAUUAAUUCAACGUACAGGAAAAGUGGUUGGAAUUUUGAAACAAAAUCAUCCCAGAAUGUUUGCUGGAACAUUGAAAUUUGAUGAAAAUAACGAUAACAAUAUGAAUCAAAAGAAAAAGAAAAUAGAAAAUGACAACAAAUACGUAAAAUUCACAUCAUGUGAUAUUAGAAAUCCUCAAUUAAUCAUACCAAUACAAACAUUACCCGAAUUCUUACUAAAAGACCAUAUCAAAUUUAAGAAUCAUUUAUUCUUAGCUGAAAUUACCGAUUGGAAAUCAGAUAGUCUCUAUCCAUCUGGUAAAAUAAUCAAGAAUUUUGGUAAAAUGGGUGACAUUGAUGUUGAAACAGAAAUUAUGCUCAUAUCCUUUAGUAUCAACAAAGACGAUUUUCCAGACCAAGCAUUAGCUGAAUAUCAGGAAAUAUUUCCGGAUAAAGACUGGCAUAUUCCUGAAACAGAAAUUGAACAACGGAGAGAUCUUCGUAAAGAAUGCAUAUUUACUAUUGAUCCAGAGACGGCUCGCGAUCUUGAUGAUGCUAUUUCUUAUCGACAAUUAUCCGAUGAUCGAUUUGAAAUUGGCGUUCACAUUGCCGAUGUAUCAUAUUUCAUCAAAGAGAAUACAUUGUUAGAUCUUAUCGCCAGUGAUCGUGCAACUUCUGUUUACCUGGUUUCCAAAGUGAUCCCGAUGUUGCCACACAUAUUCUGUCAAGAUUUAUGUUCACUAAAUCCUGGCCAAGAUAAGCUUACAUUCUCGGCUAUCAUAACAGUGAAUAACUAUGGCCAGGUUCUGGAUCGAUGGUUUGGACGUACAGUUAUAAAUUCAUGCUGUAAGCUUUCCUAUGAAUUGGCACAAAAACUUAUUGAAUCCGAUGAUGAUAACAAAUUGGACGAGUCUAUCUUUCCUCAGCUUUAUGGUCCAUGGUCUUUAUCCGAAAUCGGUCAACGUGUUCGCCAUUUACAUAUUAUAGCCAAAACUCUGCGACGAAAUCGACAAGAGUCUGGCUCCAUUCGAUUGGAUAAAACUAAAGUUUCAUUUAUGCUAAAUGAAGAAGGCAUGCCAUUGGCAUUGUCCAAAUAUAAGCUCCGCGAAUCGAAUUGGCUCAUCGAAGAAUUUAUGCUUAUGGCAAACAAAUGUGUCGCUGAAUUUCUGUAUGAUAAAUUUGCUCCCGAAGGAAGAGCUUUCUUGCGAUGUCACCCAUCAUUGGAUAAGUUUGUUCUACGUGAAUUUCUAAAAUCAAUCAAAGAUAUUUGUCCCAUUGAAUUUAAAAGUGAAUGUUCACGAUCAAUGGUCGAAUCCUUAGAAAAGUUGGCCGAUAUCGAUAGAAACUUUUGCCAAAUGUCUACAAUGUUUUUGAUAAAAGCCAUGAAAUUGGCUAUGUAUACCUGUGUAAGCGAUCAGGAUAAUCCCCUGUCAUAUCAUCAUUUUGCGUUGAAUUUUUCCACAUACACUCAUUUUACAUCACCAAUACGCCGAUACGCUGAUAUUAUAGUUCAUCGUUUACUUUCCGUUGCUCUUGGAUACGAAUCAAGUAUAUGUUCAAAAACGAAUGAAGAAUUGAAAAAGAUAGCUGAUCAUUGUAAUACGAAAAAAUAUAAUGCGAUGUUAGCUUCAGAGAAAAGUACGGAAAUCUAUCUUAAGGCAUAUAUAUCGAAAAUUGGAUCACUUACAUCGAAAGCAAUCGUAUUUCAAGUAUAUGAUCAUUCAUUUGAUGUCCUGACGCUGACAUUUGACACCAUCAAUCGUAUUUAUUUGGAUCAACUAUAUAUUGAUGAUUAUCAAUUUAUUCGUGAUAAUAGUAAACGUGAAUUGAAAUUGAAAUGGAAACCAAUCGACAAACAAUCGAUGCCCGACACUUGUUCUGAAACCUUGUCAGAUGACAACAAAAUGAAUUUAAUUCAAACUAUAAAAAGUUUUGCUAUACUUGAUAUUGAAAUGAUUGUAACGGAUAAAUUUGAAUUUAAGGUCAUUACUGCUCAUCCAAACGGAAAAUUUAUUUAUAAUUUGAAAUGAUCUUAUUAUUUUUUAUUUUUUUUUAUUUUAUCGAAUUAUUUUGCCAAUUUUCUGAUAUA